UUUGAGCAUACUUAGAACUACAGUUAUGACAACCGACUCCGGUUUACAAGCUGACAUUGAUGGUGGAGUAAACAUGAUGACAGAUGAUGGUGGUCCUAAGAUUUUUGAAAAUAUUUGUGGCCCUAUGAUGAUGGUUAGUAAUAAACAUGACGAAUGGGUGGAUAAUACAUCAAAAGAUUAUAUAGAUUCCAAAAUUGAUGUGAUGGGGUCUUCUCCGGGAGAAAGAUACGUAGCCACUUGGA